GGCCUGUUGGAGAAGCAGCAAGGAGAUCUUGACGGCAUUAUUGUGGGGGCUGUUAGGGGAAGAUCCACCCCCAACAGCGCCAGCAUCUCCCCGGCAGACUGACCCAUCCUCUGGCCCUCACAGGGGUUUUGCAGAGGCUGAAGAGUAGUUGUCUAGCUGAGUUGUGACUGGCUACAGAUGCGGAGGAGCUCCUGGUGGCAGCUGGAAUUAAAAGGCCUGAAGAUCAUACUUCAGGAGAUUGCAGUAGAGUGACACCUGAGAUUUUAGGGUGUAUCCAGUUCUCACUGAAUACUGGGCCCACUGAGCGUGGGGCCCACGCUCCUGAAGGAAACCCACCUCAGUCCAGGUCUUCCUUCACAGCCCAAUGGCAGUCCCAGCAGCCCUGGCAGGACUCCAGGCAGAAGCCAACUGUCCCGUCUGUCUGGAUUACCUCAGAGACCCUGUCACCACCGAAUGUGGGCACAACUUCUGUCGCUGCUGCAUCCAGCAGUCCUGGGCUGAUCUCAAGGACAGGUUCCCGUGCCCUGUGUGCCGUCACGCGUGCCAGGAGAGGCACUUGAGGAGCAACACCCAGCUGGGAAGGAUGAUUGACAUUGCCAAGCUCCUCCACAUCACCAGGACCAAGAAGAGGAGGCCGGAAGAGAAACAUUUGUGUGAGAAGCACAACCAGGUCCUGACCCUUUUCUGUGAGGAGGACCUCGAGGUGUUGUGUCCCACGUGCACACAGCCCCCUGACCACCAGGGCCACUUGGUGAGGCCCAUGGUGGAGGCUGCCUCUCAUCACAGGCAGAGGCUCAGCCGUUACAUUGAGCCCUUGAAGAAGCAGAUGGAAAAUGUUCAGAAAUUAAUAAACAUUCAAAGCAAAAAACCCUUAGAGCUGAAAGAAAAGGUGGAAAAUCAAAGGCAGGAAUUACUCUCUGAAUUUGAGUGCUUGAAGCAAUUUUUAGACCGUGAUCAAGAAGCCGUUCUUUUGAGGCUAGCUGAUGAAGAGAAAGACAUUCAGCAGAAACUCAGUGCAAACAUCACCGCAUUUUCAAACUACAUCUCCGUACUCAGAGGUCUGCUUAGUAAAGUAGUUGAGAACAGUGUGCUGUCUGAAGUGGAAUUGCUGUCACAAAUUAAAAAUUUCUACAGGAGGUCUGAGGAUGAGAUCAGUCCAUCAAUUUUCUCAAUCCAGUUAAGAAGAGAAGGCUGCAGCUUUCCUCCCCAGUAUUCUGCUUUGCAGAAAAUUAUAAACAAAUUUAGAGUAGACAUUAUCCUAGACCACGAGACGGCACACCCCAACUUGAUUGUCUCAGAGGAUAAGAAAUACGUGACGUUUUCGAAGAGAAAACAGAAUGUUCCUCAUUUUCCAAAAAGGUUUACAGCCAACACAGUUGUCCUGGGUUUUCCAUAUUUUUACUCUGGCAGGCAUUACUGGGAGGUAGAAGUGGGAGACAAAUCUGAAUGGGCUGUGGGGAUUUGCAAAGACUCACUCCCCCCUAAGGCCAGGAGAUCUUCGCAGGCCUGGCAGGGCUGCUGGGUGAUUCAGCGGCAGGAAGAUCGCUAUGAGGUGGUGGGAGCCACGGCAACCGUGCUGCUUUUGGCUGUGAACCCCAGAGGCAUUGGCAUUUUCUUGGACUAUGAGCUGGGUGAGAUCUCAUUUUAUAACAGGACUGAAAAAUCUCACAUCUAUACUUUCACUGACACUUUUACUAGACCUCUUAGGCCUUAUUUCUAUGUAGGACCUGAUUCAAAACCUCUCAGGAUCUGUAUGGGGACAGAUUGUGAGUGAAAACUGCCUGGAUCAUCUUAGUAGUUAGUUAGUUUUAAAGAAUGGAAGGUGGAUGGGCUAGUGUAUUAAUAUGUCAGUAAAGCUAAUUUUUCCACUUCCCCCAGUUUUUUUUCUUUCUCAUUUUAAUCCAAGAAGAAAGUUCUAUUUUGUUUCACCAAUUCUCUAGAAAACAGUAAUGCCUCUCUCCAGGAAUAAAGGGGUUUGCUGGGUCUGUGGGUGAUAAGUUUGUCAGAGUGUAGAUGGAGUUUGCAAGGGAUUAAUAACCAAAACAACUGGUCACCUUAGCCUCAGCUCUGAACUUGUGCUAUUAAAACAUUGUGCUCAGGGAAUGUGGGUGGCUUAGUCAAGCGGUUGCCUUCCACUCAGGUUUUGAUACCACAGUCCUAGGAUUAGGCCCUGCCUCAGCCUCCCUAUUCAGGAGGGAGCCUGCUUCUCCCUCCUCUCCCUUUGCCUGCUGUUCUGCCUACUUGCAGGAUCUGUCAAAUAAAAAAGUCUUAAAAAAACAAACUGCUCUUGCUGCCAUGUACAAGUUGUGUACUAGACAGGAGCCAAUUGUAACCUUGGUUUUCUCUAAGCACUCAAUUUGAAGGGGUUGGGGGUGGGCAUCAGAGAGAGCCUUUAACAUACCAGUGUUUGACAGCUUUUCCCCUUACCCUAAGGAGCCAGCUGCUGGUGGCACUUGCUACAUCUGCUUUCUUAGAAACCCUUUACAUAGUUUUCAUUUCAUUCUAAAUUGCCUCCCCCCUUUUUUAAAAGAUUUUAUUUAUUGAGAGAGCACAAGCAGGCUCCCCAUUGAGCAGGGAGCGUGAUGGGUGGCUUGAUGCUGGGACUCUGGGAUCAUGACCUGAGCCAAAGGGAGACCCUUAACGAUGGAGCCACCCAGGUGCCCCUAGUUCUUUGUUUUAGACAUUGUGGAGAAUUGGAAAGUCUUAGUAAUAACAGAUAUAGUUAGAUACCAUGCCAGAGAAUAAAAUGGAUCACCAGGUAGUAAAAACUACUCAGGAAUGAUGGCAUAUUUAUUUUUAUUCAGCAUUUUCUUAAAAGUGUAAUAACUAAUUUGUACUGAUCCCUGACUGUGUGUCUCAGGAGUUAACCGUUUUUUCAAAGCAAAUGCUAUGCUCUUAAGGAUGCCUGCUCCUGUUUAACUCCCGGACACUACUGAAUUCACCAGAAGGACCUAGGUUCUGCUCAUUUUCUAUGAUGGACUUAAAUUAAUUACAAGUUGUAGAUAAUACUUACUUUGCAUGACAACGAAAUUUUAUAUGUAUGUGUAUAUGCUCCAAACUUUCAUAUCUUUCCCUGUUUUGAAUUGUAUAUCAUUUCCUCUUUUUUUUUUCUUCUACCAAAAAUCUUUAUAUUUUUUAAGAAAAUAGACAUAAUGAAUGUGUGAGUCAUGUUUUAGAGCUUGAUUUGAACAAUUGAAAAAGACAUUCCUGACUGAGGGAAGUGGGAAUACGGUGGCAUGUUAAAGAUAUGCUUAAAAAUACAUGAUUCAGGAAAUAUUCUAAUUAGAGAUUCUGGUGAAAUAUAAUCGGUGCAAUUUUGUUUUUAUAAUUUACAUUUAUAAAGAACACCAGCAAAAAAAAAAAAAAAAAUGGGAGGACAGAGUGCAAUAAAUGAAGCCAAAUGUCAAGCCAGAUGUGACAAAAUGCUGAUUAACUGUGGAAUCUAGAUGAUGGUAUAUGGACAUUUCACUUCAUGUGCUUUUUCUAUUACUUACUUUAAAAUAAAAAGAACAAGCAAAGGUGGUUUCCGUUUGUGUUCUGGGGUAAGGUUUUUGGUCCCCCCUGAAGUUUGAAAGGGUGCAUUUGCAGUUGAAUGAACCUGUUUAUUCCUCCAUCUUGUCUAAAAGCAGUUGUGUUGAUUUUGGCUAGUUCCAAGUUUCAUGAAAAAACGGGCUGUUACUGAACUACAAAUAUUAACUGCCCAUUUCCUUAGAAAGAAUGCAAA